AUGGAAGUGGCUACUGUGGAGGGGGAUAUCCUGUUGCGAGAAAAUAAAAAUGCUGCCAAGAAUGUGUGGAAAAGCAAGGAUGGGAGAGUUUCUAUGUUUUACACAAUUAACAAAAGGCUAGCCAAUAGGAAAAAUGACAUACUCGCUGCCAUGAACAUGAUCUCGCAGAAGGCUUGCAUCUCCUUUCAUAAGCGGACAGUGGAGAAGGAUUACCUGCAUUUCAGGCCUGGCCAUGGGUGCGCGUCCUAUGUUGGUUUCUGGGGGGGUGCGCAGCCCAUUUAUGUGGCCCGCAAAUGUCACAUGGGUAACAUCGCCCAUGAGCUGAUGCACGCUCUGGGGUUUAACCAUGAGCAUGUGCGCACCGACCGAGAUGCUUACAUCACAGUCCUUUAUGAAAACGUCAUUGAAGGAAGGAAAAAUAACUUCUCAAAAAGAAAAGGUGACACCAUGGGUUUGCAAUACGAUACAGAAUCCAUCAUGCACUACGGAGAGAGAUUCUUUUCCAGAAAUGGGAAGCCCACAAUUAUCACUAAGAAUGGGCAGGCAAUUGGCCAGAGGACACACCUGACCAAGCUAGAUGUCCAGAGGGUUCGAAAGCUAUACAAAUGUGCACUAGUGCCUCCAGAGGUUCCCAUAAAAAUGCGGCCUAAAGCCUGUGAGGACCUGAACCAUAGGGUAUGA